AGUCGCUAUCUGAUUAAUAUUGAGUUUGACAGCGUGUUUUAUAUUAAUUCUAAUUGUUAUAACAUUUUUAAUAAUUCUUACUUGAAAAUAAAAUUGUAAUCCAUUAUGGACAAUAAAUCUGAAGAUUCAGCUCUACCCGAGAAAACAAUAUUCAAUACCAUAGCCCAAGGUGAUCUGACCGAAUUUAAGAAUAUCCUCGCUCAACAUAAGGGCAGCGUCGAUUUCUUCGACGAAAAUGGCAUGACGGCACUUCAGCACGCCGCUUAUAAGGGUAGUAAAGAUAUGGUGCAAUUACUGCUUGAUAGGGGUGCGGACGUAAAUUCCGGUAAACAUGAAUACAAUUAUACUGCAUUACAUUUUGGUGCUCUGUCUGGGAAUUCAGAGGUAUGUAAGUUACUGUUAGAUGCUGGAGCUAAACCGACUGCAACAAACUCCGUGGGGCGCACUGCCUCUCAAAUGGCAGCUUUCGUUGGUAACCACCACACUGUGGCUACUAUUAACAACUAUAUACCAACUAGUGAGAUCUCUUACUACUCAAUGUCUCAAGGGCAGCAAUCAGAACCAUAUCUGCAACCAUUCCUCGUUGAACCUCUCCAUAAAUUUGUCCUUGGUGUUAACAUUCAUCCAGUUAGGUUGGCUCUAAACCUACAACAUUUGCCGGCUUUAUUAGAUAAUGCAGAGAAAGUAAGUAAAGUUCUCGAGAUGCUUUGUAAAAAAGAAAUGACCAGAGGAAGUGAUACAAAUGAAGUGAUGGCAUUCAAAUAUCAUUACCUCGCUUACAUUUUAAGAGAAUUAAACAAUAUUAGAGACAAGCAGAAACCUAAUAUUGAAAUCAAAGAAGAUAAGAAACAUGACAUUGUUGAAGUUUUUGCUAAAAAGCUCUUAAAGCCUGGUAAAGAUGGUGUUUCAUUAGAUCUGAUGGAUUCAUUCCUCAAAGAUUGUGUGCGUGAGUUUCCUUACAGAGAAUGUACAACUUUCCAUCAGAUGGUGAGUUCAUUAACAAGCAAGGACCCUCCACCGGCCUUAUCAGUCAUCAACUGUACAAUAAACGGUCAGAGAGGAUUCGUAGAUGCUAUCCCUUAUUGUAGUACUUGUGGUGAAGAGAAACCAGCUAAGAAGUGCUCGAAAUGUAAAACAGUACAGUACUGUGAUCGGGAAUGUCAACGCCUUCAUUGGUUUGUUCAUAAAAAGGCUUGUAACAGAGAAUCAAGUGUACCCAUCACCAAUUCCAAACCUGCUGUUGAUGCGACUGAGAUAACCGCUGAGUUACAAAAUCUGGUUGCUGGAUAGUUUAUAAUAUUUCAGCUAAUAAACACAUUUGUUUUAAAUCUAAUGCUUAAAAACAGAAUUUUUAUUUGAUAUGGAAUAGGAAUAUAAACAACCAAGUUAAAUAAACAAGAAAAAAACUAUUUAUAUCUUCUGCCCAAUAACUAUUUUGAAAAGAAUUAUAUUACAAAAUGUUUGCAUUUGAUAAAAAUAUAAAUUUAAACUACAUAAAGGAUCAUACAUAGUCCCUUACAAAAUUACAAUCCCUUAAUGUGAUUCCAAUAGGGAUACAAAUAAUGUUAUAAAUAUUUUUGUGUAAAUUCAUCAAUUCUGUUUUUUGCACUUUUACCUUUAUAUCGGUGAAUGUAUAAAGAGGCUCAAACUUCUUAUCGUAGCCUUUGUUUGUAUUCCAUAUGCAUUUAGUAAAUACUUGUUGCUUGACUUCAAUAUUUUGAGCUAUCUAGAACGAUAGACAAAUAUAAAAUUAUGUUUCUAUUUUAAUUUGAUAAUUUUAUUAGAUAAAAGAGUAGCAUGCAAUUUCUUACUUUUAAUUAAGCUACUGGUUUAUUAAAAGUAAGAGAGUCAGAUCUAGGGUUGCCAUUUUUAAAAAGAGUUGGUUGCUUAAUAAGUUGUAAUAAAAAAAAAUUGUAAUAAAAGGUAAAAAAUAAAUAUGAAUAUGAAGCCAUUGUAUAGUACUAUUUUUUUUACAUGUUCUCUUGUAUUUAUUUUAAACCCCCUUAAAAAGAUUUUUCAAUUCCUUUUACUCCUACAUGUAAAAAAUAGAUUCCAAUAUCCUAUCAAAUUAGCGAUUGUUUUGAACAGAAUCUGCGGAAAUGUUAAUUAAUUACACUUAUUUCAUAUAGAUGGCCCAAUUUCAAAAUAAUUAUUGUUAGUAGAUAAAUAAAAUUAUAGAUUUAUUAGAAAUAAAAAUUCAAUUCAAUGUGUUUGUGUAAAGAAAUAUAUUAAAUUAAUCUUGUGUCUUAUUUCGAACACCAAUCAUGACUAAUGUUCAAUUUUACAUUUAGACAAAUUGAUCUAUAAAUGUACUAAGCUGUUACAAAAUACACUCUUGGUAGUUCCUCUCUAUAUAAGACAAAUCAUAUUAUUAUAUUUUCUUGUUGUAUCAGUGUCACAUAAUUGUAUAACAUUCACUUUAGUGA